UGAACACACGUGUUAUAACACGCACGACUUAGCCGCCGUAUUGCCAACAAAAAACAACUACAAAACGUUAUUUAGCGAUAAAACCUAGUGUUAAACGUUUGUUUGGAAGGAAAGGAAGAUUUUGGUGUUCAUUGUGAGGGUUUUAUAUAAGCGAGGAGGUGGGAAACGGUACCAAUAAUCCGAAGUUGAAUCGAUACAAGAAAAAUGCGAGUAAUGUGAACGAACAGACGAACCUUUUUACUAGUGUAAUACCCCGUUGAAUUGACCCGGAUGAGUGCAGCAAAGAGCCGGGCCUACAUUGAGCUAUGACCACAGCGGGACAAGGACAACACGACGUCUACAGAAUAUGAUAACGCGUGGUGCAAUGGCGGUGCGGUGAUGGCGGAUGGCGGCGCGGAGGCGGGCGCGGGCGAGUGCGCGGCGCGCGGCGCGGCGCUCGAGCGCGCCUACGUGCACGAUGUAUACGAGCAGGCGGGCGAGGACGACGCUCCGUGCGCGCCCGCGCCCGCCGUGCGCUCCUUCCUCGGCGACCUCGAGCCCGGCAGCCUCGUGUGUGACGUCGGAUGCGGCAACGGCAAGUACCUGAGCGUGAAUCCGUCCGUGUUCGCGGUGGGCGGGGACCGCUGCACGAGACUCGCGGCGCAGGCGCAGCACGACAACAAUGAGGUGGUGGUAUGUGACAACUUAAGUCUGCCGUUCCGCGACGAGUCCUUCGAUGCGGUGCUCUCGAUCGCCGUGGUGCACCACUUCGCCACGGUGGAGCGCCGCGCGAUGGCUCUACGGGAGCUGGCCAGGAUAACCAGGAUCGGGGGAAGGUUGCUGCUGACUGUCUGGGCUAUGGAGCACGAGGGAAGGAACUUCCAUUCACAGGACGUCUUAAUACCUUGGCAUCGACCAGCAACAUUAUGCCCACCACCGCCGGCUCCACGGUUUUUAUCUGUUGACUAUGACCAUUGUUCUGAACCAUGGAAAAGUCGUGAUGGUUCACCUGGGUCGUCGUCACUUUCAUCGCCCAACGAAACAUGUUAUUCAUUCGUAAGACGAGCACUACAACGAUUAGCUGGACGACGCUCUUUUCUCCCAUCAUGGGGAGUAAAUACUAGGGUAAUACAAAGGCCUAGUCAACGUCCCGAACCUGCAGCGGCCGACCUGCCCAUAGAACUAAGGCGAUUAGACGAAGUCCUUCCACCUCGAUUGAUCUCACAACCCUCUGAGAGUUCAACGAUGAAAUCACGGAGCCUUACCGAUAUUGCUGAUAUAGAACACCGUGCAUUAGUCCGGUCGAGAUCCAGUCUCCCAAGUUUAGGUGGAGAAGAAAACGAACCACCCGCUUUGGAGCAGCCAGUCCAACCAGUAAUAGAACCACGUAAGAAACCACGACUAGUCAAACAAAAGAAAUCAAUCAACGAAGAUGACGCCGAUGAAGACCUCGAUAAACCUACAGAUAUGAAAAGCAUGGUUGAGGAAAUGCCAAAUUUUAAAAUUCACACGCAAAAGUUACAAUCUAAGAAACCUGGUGUAUUCAAGCAGACGUCCCUUAACGAAGAAUUGAUGUCAGUUGAAAGAUUGAGAGAAAAAGAGCGUCUCCGUAAAAAUAUACAAAAGCAAGCAUCGCUUAACGAAGAGUAUUUGUACCGAAGACCGGGAGCUCUUGAUUCGUUACGUGACUCUAUAUUCUCUACAUCAGCAACGACCGCUAAAAAAUUUCAAUCCCUUAAAAACGGCCUGACUAAUAAGUUCAAAACUUCAACAACGAAUAUAGACAAAGUAACUGUUUUCGUGAGAAUGCUCCAAGGUUGGAAGAAUCACGGACCUGUGCCAGAAGUUCCCACACCAAGUGACAAUAACGCAAAUAGUGACAAGGGCUAUCCUGAAAGACGACAUUCCAGAGAAGAUGGGUCAGAUUCUUCGAAGGAUAGUAGUCUCCAAAGUGACACAAGUGUGGAUUCCGAAGAUAGUUUUGCUUCAGUUAUAUACGUUCCCAAAGCUGAUGGUUCUGGUGACCCUUUAUCUCCUACACCUUUAUCACCAGGGCCAACUUCACCGAGACUCAAAGUACCAUCUGUACCAACCUCGCCUAGAAUGAAGAACUCACCAGGGUUACCAUCUCCAAGGAUCAAACAAGCAUUCCCGUUAAUACGACCACCAGGUUCACCUAAUGCGGUGACAGCACCGGGCACAGUCCACAAUAAAAUUUUAGUAGCACAGUAUAGCUUAAAAAAUUAUACGACAACAAAUAAUGUUUGCGUAGCCCCUAUAAAACCUCAAUCAAAAAGUCAACCCAAUUCUCCUCCAAAACCAGAACCAGAAAUAAAUAUAAUGGAUACAGAAAUUCCAGCUAUAGUGAACAAGCCUCCCCCUAUAGAAAUAUUCCCCCAAGAAAUCGAUCCAAUACCUCCUAUAAAAGAAGAAGAAGAAACACCAAAUGAGGAAACUAAAGAACUGCUAGCAGAAAUCAAUAAAGACAUUGAAGAAAUUCAUAAAUUAACCGCUGACACUGAUGAUUUAAAACCCCGUGUAUUGCAAGAUGUAAAACCUUAUCCAAAGAUUACAUUGCAAACCGUUGCAGAACUUCCUGAAAUACCUCAGUUUAAGCCUAAAGCACCAAGUAAGUCACCAACCAAUGACACAUUAGAUUCAAAAUCUGCAGACAGAAAGAGGAAAGAAAGAAUACGACAAAUAAAAGAAAUGUUGAAUAAAGGUAUCCCUCCAAUAAGCAUUAGUCGCAGACAACAUUUCCCUAUAGUGCGCAGCACGAGUAAAGCUGAACCAAUUGCUAAGAGUCAUCCAAAACUAAUGUCGUUAGAACUAUUCAAUCCAGCUACAGAUGAUGUCGACAGUGACUCUAGUGGUGUCUCCUCACCUGAUUCCGUAGACAGCGUCAUAAGCGUCGUGCCGGAUGAGCUUCGGAAAAUUGCUAUGGAAAAAGAUCUGCCAAAUCCACCUACUACAGAAGUUAAAACUACAGACAACUCAAAUACAAACGAAAAACAAGCAUUCACUCUAACUACUCCUCAAACUUUGAUCGAAGCCGUCGCUGAGGUGGCGCAAUCAUUAGAUGAGACUUGCGAAACUGUAAUUCAAUCGAGCCCAAGGUCUAAAAGACGUCAUACAGAAAAGCUGGAGAGUGGUGAAGCUAUCGCAAUCGUGCAAGGUGCUUCCAGUAGCAGUAGUAGUAGUAACUGGAGUUUGAACAAGUUAUCUCCAGGUGACUUAAGAAUAUUAGAAGACAGAUCGAGAUCCCAAUCCCAUACAAGCUCCAGCGGAAGUUCCUGCAGUUUAGAGCGUCUCUCACCUGGACGGAGAUCAAAAGACCGCUCUCCCAAACAAGGUAGCACAAGUAACUCUACUUGGAGUUUAAAUAGAUUGUCUCCUAAUAGACCCGAGGGGCGAUCUUUAGAUGAAAAUUUAAGCAAAAGUCAUCGAAGCCCAACGAGACACCCGUAUGAUUCAUUAUCAGUAUCAAGCACAGAUUCUGAAAAAUCUAUAUCGAAAUCGGAAAGCUUUAACAGAAUACAGAAUGAACCAUUAGUAACCUGCAAGUCAGAUAUGGUGUCUAAAGAAGAAGAGUGGAUCACGGAUCAACAAGAACGCAGUCAUCAUUUAACAGAGUUUGCUGAAAAGCUUAGUGAGAAGUUGUUACAAGAAAUAGACCAAUAUUCCAAACGCAUAAACGAAGAUGACUUUGAUCUUCCAAGUAGUAGCAGUAGUGAAAAGAGUAUAUCUCUUAGAUUAAAACGCGAAGAAGAAGAUAGGAAUACCCAGAAAAUUUUGGACGAGCUUUCUAAUAGUUUACAACAUCUCGAGGAUCCACACAACAAAUUAAAUUUAGAAUCUCACAUAACAAGUAAGUUGACAGGCGAAAAGAUAAAAUAUAUAACAUCAAUUCAAGAUACCCAAGAAUCAGAUAUAAACAAACUGUUCCCAAAAUGUAGCACAAAAACAAAAAGUAAAAAGAGGUCCAAAGAUGUCGAUCCGAUUAUAAAUAAGUAUAGGGAACUCAAGAAAACUAUGAAGGUGACCAGCGAGGAAGAUAUUUAUCUAAAUAAUUGUGCCAAUAUUCAGUACAACGUGAAACCAAUUACAGAUGAAAAAUUACCCGAUAUUGACACUAAGAAUCCGGACGACGACAGCGCUAUAUCGUCUAGCAACGGAAAUCCUGAAAUCACCAUAGAAUCUGGAAACUAUGAUACCAGUCAGUCUCUAGAGACUGGAUACUCACUAGAGUCGGAGAUUAGCGUCGAUUCUUUGUGUACGAGUACUGACAAACGGUCUUCAUUAAAGGUUGGACAAUCCACCGACUCGAGUGAUUUAGAUAAGAUGGAAAUUAGUCCGGAAUCGGUGACUUCGCGGUCGAGCACCAGUACCGCACCACUUAAAUCAGGAUUUUCCAUUGAAUCCAGUGACACUUCAGCUGGUAGCGAUUGGAGCCGUCGAGAUAAGACUGGCAGUACGGCUUCACUUGGUUGCGUGAGCCUCGCUUCUUUGCCGUCAUGCAGUGAGUGUUCAAAGGAAAGGAAACUAAUGGAAACGCGCUCAUCUUCCGAGGAUACAGCCCCUGUUCCAGCAGUAGCAGCUCGCGCCAUUCCUCAUGCACCACUCUUGCCGUCAUUGAGCGAUGGAUCAGAUAGCCUGCCGUCAGAAGGAGGCGCAGUGACGUACCACAGAUAUUACCACGUCUUCAAGAAAGGGGAACUGGAUCAGUUGAUAGAAAAAUACGUGGAGAGUCUCCAUGUAGUUUCAUCUUACUACGAUCAAGCCAGCUGGUGUGUUAUAGCUGAGAAAGUUCAAGUGUGGACUAUUUAAUAAAACGGCAAGGGUGCUGCUGCAAGAUAUUAACAAAUUGGUAUUUUUAUCAACGAAGGUGCGUGUAAUUACAGGUGAACAACUAUCGACUCAGUCUUAUGAAAUGGAAACAGCUGUAACAAUAAAAUUUUGUAUAAGACACAUCGGUGCAGUGAUUAUAAAUUAUCCAAGUGACCUUCCUCGCGAACUCUUAGUGGGAGUUAAGGACAUGUUCAUGAUAUCGCAUUAAAAUAGAGUUAACUCUAUGCGAAAUGCCAAAAGCAAAGCUUUUGUUUUUUUUUUAAUAUAUUCUAGAUACUUGAUACUUUAAUAGUUGUUAUCUCUAUAUUCAUAACAUUCGUCACCUACUUCUGAGGGUAGUCACAACACUUCGACUACGUUCCCUUUGGAGGGACUUUAGAGCACAGAAUGGAGAAACGACAGAGGGUCCUCUCAAUACAACGAAAAAAAACGGAGCUGAAUUCCGGUUCAGCCUUUUCAGCUCAACCGAAAUUUGGCUGACUUAGACUGACCACGCUGUUGUAUGUGUCUAGGUGCGAGUGUAUUGAGCUGACUUUCUGUAAAUUCUCCAUUUUGUGUUGGGUAUUCGUUGCGAUACCAGAUUUCGUAUGAAAUGAAAACUAAGAGCUUUAAAUAGUAAAAGUUAAAUAUAAUAUAUUAUAUACUUCAAAGGCUCA